CGGACCGCUGCGCGUGCGCUGAGAGCCCAGACUGAGGCGUGGAUGUUAGCGGCUGCCGUGGUUCUUCAAUGGCUGCGUGUUUUAAACUGAACUUGCAGUGUCGGACUAGUUGCGAGUUGCGUGUCCUCGUGGCCCUUCCAUAGAGGACGUGUCAAGGGGGAGGUUUUUCGUGUCGUGGGUUGCCACAUUCAUGGGAAAGUGACUGUCUCGGCGUUCCCGUGUCCUCAAGAAAGCCGCUAGCAAACAAGCACGAAGCGGGCCGCAGCGGGCCGAGCGGCCUAAGCUCUGAAGGGCGAACUGGCGCCCGAUGGCCGGGGCGUGGGAAGGAAGCCGGGCCCGGGAGGGUCCCGCUCGACGUCCGGGCAGCCGCGGCGGAGGCGUGCCCGGGGACGCUCGGCCCACGCAUGCGCGAGCCCGGCUCUGCGCACGCGUGACGGGCCGCGCUGCGCCUCUCUGCCGCGCCGCUAGAAGGAAGGGCUCCGGGGCUAAGGUUGCUGGAGACUUACCUGUGCUCCGGCAGUGUAGCAGGCGUGGCCCGCACAAUGGGAAGUCCUCCAACUCCUCUGUAUCCCUGGACAGAAUGCCCUCUGAAGUUUUGCUGAAUAUAUUUUCCUACUUGGAUGUUGUGAGCUUGCUGUGCACUGGAUGUGUGAGCAGACGCUUUUAUCAGCUGGCCAGUGACAAUUUAAUUUGGAUCAGAAUCUACUCAGCUACAUUCCCAUCAAAAAGAUCAUAUUGGAAAAUUGCUUCAGUGGACGAGACAGCUGCAUCUGUGAGCUCCCUCUCAGUUGAGGAAAAAGAAGUUGGAUACUGGAAGAGAGAAUACAUUACAAAGCAAAUCUCAUUUGUGAAAGCAAGACUAGCCCAUAUUCUCAAACCUGUCAACCCCUACACAGGUCUUCCUGUGAAGACCAAAGAGGCCCUCAGAAUCUCUGGCUUAGGUUGGACACUUAUAUUAAGAGAAAAAAGUGGGAAAGAGCACAUCGUUCCGCAUGCUGAUCUUUCCUUAAAUGACACGUCUGUCACUGUUGUAUGGUAUCGCACAGAUUGGCCACAUCUAGCCACAUUGUCCACCCUGGAUCUGUGUGGAGUGACACCAGUUUUUAUGGAGCAGUAUAAAGCCCCUGACCCAAAUGGACCACGAUGGCUGUCUUUAAUUGCAAAGUAUGAGCUGACUCAUUUAAGCAAGACUACCAUGAUUGGCUGGGACAGACUUGUUCGGAUAUUCUGUCUAAAUCCUGGCCUCCUGGUGGGGCUGUGGCAGAAGGAGGACGGACUGGCUUUUGUCAUGGCAACUCUUCAUUUCCAUCACCUUGUGGAGAAGAGCACACUAGGCUCCGCCACUCUUCCCUACGUGCUGCCUCCUCACAGUCCGUCUGUGGAUGACAGCCCGGAGUACGGACUGCAAGGCUACCAGCUCCACAUUGACAUGCAUGGCGGUGGGAUCUUCUACCUGUGUAGCACGUUUCGCAAUCUCUUCUCCAGGAAAGGGUGCAUUGACAAUGGAUAUGUGAAGUUCAAGGUGAUAAGUUUAAAAAAUAACAGAGAGCACCUACCUCUUAUUGGAAAAGUUGGCCUUGCAUGGAGAACUAAUGUUUUUGAUGGCUUUAUUGAGAGCUGCUCCAUACUGGACGUGACCCUGUUGGAUGAGCACAGGAAGCCCUUGUGGUGCGUGAGCUCUCCCGUGCGUGUGGCAUCUGCUGCCUGCCCCUUGGACGGCCCCACCUUCCUGGGGCACACUUACUAUGUCAGCUACAUGGACCCAGAGGGAGGCGUGCAUGCGGAGCUGGUGUGGAUUGAAGAGACGGAGGAGUACUUCCUCAUCAGCCUGGUCCUCUACCUCAGCGUGGCGAAAAUAAACCAGUGGUUUGGGACCAAGUACUGAGCUUGCUAGUGGGCAGCGAGUCUUGUUAUGGUGAGCUGUUUACUGUUACAACUGUUCGUGCUGAAAGUUAAAAUAAAGGGUGCCCAUGGUGGUUU